UUUGCUGCCUUCAAAUUAUUCGUAGGGCGUUUGUUGGCGUUGAUCCAGUAGCAGGAUUUAAGUCAGACAAAAAUCUCCCCACCUGUUUAUGUACUAUCUGCAAUUUCCCUCUUCACUUUUUUCAUGUGCACUGAACCAAUACUAGUCAAACUCAUUGUGAUACCACACUCUAGUCAACUAUUUUAUCAGUCUUGACCAUUUUAUUCUUUUAUUGAUCGAUUUUUGUACAUGAUAUUUAUACAUACAGUUUUAUACAUUUUACAAUCUGUCAUGACCAAGAGUCGCAAUAAAGUUAUUUAUUAUUAUUUGAAAGAAAAAAAAAAGAAUAAGUUUUUGACUAAAAUUCCCGAUCAACCUUAUAUUCAAUGGUUAGCCAGAUCAGCCAGCUCUAAUUCGUAGGUAGAUCAAAUAAUAUAGAUAAAUAAAAGUUAAGUGAAAUGAAUAUAUUUCUCGUUUUGAAUUGCUGGGAUUCCAAUCCCAGUAAAAGUGAGGUCCGCAAAAAAAAAUUGAUAACCCAUAUUUUGGCUGUCUGUAAUGUUAGCCAACGGUAAUGGUUUUGAAGUGGUUCACAGUUCACGCACACCCUUCAUCAAAACCAAAAGGUACCCUUAGCAAACUCGUUCUAAUGGGUGCAUAUGGACCAAUGGCCAAAAGCAAGAGAAAGAACAGCAAAUUCUUUCAAAUGUGCAUUAAAUAUUUUUUUUUCUCAUAUCAUUCUUUUUACAAUCCCAAUCCAGGCAAAUUAUUGCUAGACGGUAAAGCUUACUCGACGAUGCUGAUCCACCUCCCCGACGUGCCUGAGCCUGAAAUGAGAUUGUCCGUUAACAAAAGGCAAAGUCUCUGGCCAAAUGGAUUGAUCCCCUACGUGAUCAACGAUGAUAUCGAGCCUGCCAACCGGGACAUCAUCAUUAGCGCCAUGGACCAAUUCGAAGAUAAAACUUGUAUUCGAUUUAUUCCGAGAACUACUGAAACGACCUACACUCGAUUUGUGACUAAACGCGGUUGUACAAGUCUUUUGGGCUAUUCAUGGAGUCCCCAAGAAAUCUCCUUGCGUUCGCCAAUGUGCAUGCACGUAGGCAUUGUGAUGCAUGAGCUUAUGCACACUCUAGGAUUUUUGCAUGAGCAAUGUCGUCCGGAUAGGGAUGACUAUGUGACUAUUUUGUGGAACAACAUCGAACAAGAUUACUGGCGCCAAUUCAAAAAGAGGACCACCGACGAGAGUAUCACUUUGGGACUACCUUAUGAUUAUUGCUCAAUUAUGCAUUAUGAUGAUCACGCCUUUACCUCGAACGGAAAGAAGACAUUAGUUCCCUUAAAAAAACCUUCUUGCGAACUUGGGCAAAAAAUCAGACUGAGUCCCCUUGACAUCAAAAAGGUCAAUAUUUUGUACAAUUGCCCAGGUUAUAGAACAAAUGUGGGACCCAUCAUCACGUCCACCUCUAAGCCCACCACCACCCUCUAUGAAAAUGAAGGAAGGUUAAACAAAGAUCAUAA